UGAGCCAGACAGAUUUUUUUGGCCACUCCUAGACCUCUCGUGCUUUUUCUCGACCUGACAUUACAAUAGAUACAAGCUCCCGACCGGCAACCUUGAAAAUGGUCUUAGAGGUGUCCAGCAUUAAUUUUACUCAACAACCUUCUUCCUUAUCCUUCUCUGGAUCUGGCUUCUUGGCUACCUACCAGCUGGGGGUUGCCCAAUGCUUUCUACAAAAUGCACCUUGGAUAGUGCAGACAGCGCCGUCUAUACUCGGCGCAUCAGCAGGGUCCUUGGUAGCCGCUUCUGUUGCCUGUGAAUUGAACCUGAUUACAAUGCGGGAUGAGAUGCUGUACUUUGCCAAAAAGAUGAAAGGCUUCACACUUGGACCGUUCAGCCCCUCAGUUAAUGUUCUGCACUGGUUAAAAUAUGUCUUACACAAACAUCUUCCUCCUGAUGCGCAUCUCCUCGCAAGUGGACGUCUUGCUGUGGCUCUUACCCGUCUGGAUAAUGGCGAGCACACUAUCAUAACAGAGUACCGGUCCAAAGAUGAUGUCAUACAGGCUCUGCUUUGUAGCUGUUUUGUUCCUGGAUAUUGUGGCAUGCUACCACCCUCUUUCAAUGGAGUAUACUAUAUGGACGGAGGCUUCAGCGGAAUGCAGCCUGUGCUAUCAUUACCCAGCCACACUUUAACGGUGUCUCCAUUCUCUGGCGAGACAGACGUCUGUCCUGCAGACACACCCUGCAUGUGGGACAUGGUGGUGACCGGACUCACCUUGAAGGGCAACGUCGCGAAUGGCCUGAGGUUCUUUAAUGCACUCUACCCGCUAAAAGUGGAGACUGUGGAGCAAGCUUAUCACAGUGGCUACAAAGAUGCCAUUCAUUUUCUUCUGAGCAACCAGUUUGUCUCGAACAUUGCAAUGAAAAACUUUUCACAAGAGCUGGACAGUUACAGACGCACGAUAACGUCAACUUUCCCAGAGGCCGUGUCAGAGGAAGAGGAGGAUGUGGAUGAAGAAAUAGAGACUACAACAUUGGCAUCUUUUCAAGUUCCAGUGAGCAAUGUGAUGAGUUACAGGAGCAUGCUGGGACCUUUUGCUGGCUACGUCAUCUACUUCUUGCUACCUAUCAUGCUGCUGUUCCAGGCUCUGAUAGAGACAGAGGAAAGAGUAGAGUUGCUGUUCCGACAGACUCCAGCCUUGGCUUUAUGGACUUGGUAUAGCCUGAGGCAGCUUGCAAGCUUCUUUUUUGGUAUACUGUUUGGUACCUUCAAGAAGAACCUAAAGGACAUGGUAUUACCCUUCAUGCUGACUUUGCAAUUGUUGAAACAACAAUCAGAAGAUGAGGUUCUGCACAAGCAGAGUGUCGAUACAGGUCACAAGGAGCUGUCUUGCCCUGCUCACUCCGAAAGUGUCAAGUGUGGAAGUCUGCGUUCCAGUCCUCCCUUACGAGGUUUAUAAACUACCAGAAUUAAAAAGUGGUAAGACUUUAUAACGUGUAGCCCAGGUAGGAAGGUAUACUCAGGACUAGGUCUGUGCUCGUAGUCUCAUAUUGUUUCAAAACAGGCCUUCUGAGAGUGUAUUUUGUCACUCAGCAAGUUUGAAAGUUGUGUUUAUUGUUUUCUGAAGAAGGACUUCAAUUUAGCAAAUUGUGGGGAAACUUUUGGUUGUAUUGUGCUUUGCGGGCUCAGGUAUUAUAGUUGUCUCCACAUCCCCUCCAACAGACUUCCAACCUUGAGCAAGACACCAAACCUUAAUGCUUCUUAUGCCGUGCCAUUAGGGCAAAUGAGUUAUCUAUAUUUACUAGGGAUGUCAGAUAAUAUCGAUAGGCCAAUAAUAAUCGGCCUGAUAGUGGCAUAAAAAUUUAAUAUAACCACAGGUGUGUGUGUGCCACAGAUAGCACCGACGUUAGCUAACUCGUUAAUGUGGAGAUGCGAUUCACAACGAGACAGCAGUCGCCGUAGGUGGCACCAAUCAGUUUACUCUCCACUCAACUCGACAACAAGCAACAACCACGGACAUAUAUAGACGCAUAUAUUGAGCGCUAAGCCGUGCGUCAACGUCGCCGCCAUAUUGGAUGUGUCAAGACUGAGCUGUAAAGGAAUACAAGUAAAUGUACUUACUUUCAUAAAAUGCCUUUAUACAAAGAUUUUUACAAAGAGUUAAUGCCUGUUGUUUCUACAUUCACACAUGCACUCAUAUACUUGUGAAACAGUUAGGUACCAAAAACAAUGUAUUUGAUCUUCUCAGAUGGCUUAGAUAAGAACUUUAUUGAGCCCCAAUAGGAGUUAAUGCAAUAAAAUAAGAUUAUAAAAUAAGAACAUAAAAGUUAUAAAUCAAAAUAAUCAGCAAAUUCAUGUAUUUUAAACAAUACCCCUUUAACUAAAAAUAAAUGAAAUGGACCACAGGCAAUCAAAACCAACAUCUGCUCAAAAUGUUCAUUUUUUCUGUCAGGCAUUCACACUGUCAUACCCUCCUAAAAGCUUUCUCUUUUUGAACGUGGUCGGAUUGUCGAGCUGCACAAGCAAGGCCUCUCGCACCUGGGGUUGGGCGCAGUAAGACAGUAAUUCUAAAUGUUUUUAAAGAUCCUGAGCAUUAUGGAACAAAAAAGUCGGUUGAUAUCGGAAUUGGACAUUGAGAGUUGGACAAUAUCAGGAUAUCGGUUAUCGGCAAAAAAGCCAAUAUCGUACAUCCGUACUCGUUACUUAUCUUUUACUUUCAUAGUUGACUGAGUAACACUAUUUGGAGCCGAAAGUCAUGGCACUUUGAUGAAAUGAAAGAAAAUUAUUUACUGAACAGAAUGAAUAUACAGUAUAUGUAUAUACUUAUAAAUGUGUGUGUAAAAAUCUAUU